AGGGGAAAAGAAGUUUUUAUUCAGGUUGCCUGAAGCACGUGAGAAGCCCAAAUUGCGCGUAUUCGACUAUGAAUUUUUCGUGUUUGGUACAAAAGCAAUCGACUUUUAAGGGUACCAUUUUUUGAGUUCAGGAACUCAGUUAUGUGAGAAAAAUGUUCGGGAAAAAAUUGAGAAGUGACCUUUGUGUUUUCGUAAUUUUCGGUACUAUCUCAAUCGCAACGUGUGUGAAAAUCAACAAUCUUCAUGUGCCGGAAGUGAUCAAACAUCGGACUUCUGUUGUGCUAGACUGUGAUUUCAGUGUAGAGGACAAAGAUGAAGAUCUUGUGGUUAAAUGGUACUUGAACAGGAAUAACAGAACCUUGGUUUAUCAGUGGAUUCCAGCUUCCAAUAGCCGACCGCAGGUCCUCGGUGUCCUGAAGGAUCGCCUGAAUAUAAAAAAUGUUGGAGCUCCCGACGCUAACAAGUUAUACAGAGCCCUGCAUAUUUUGGAGGCUCAACCAGAUCUAUCUGGCAACUACACGUGCUCAGUGUCAUCGCUCCAAAGCGAGGAUAUAAGGACGAAAAGCAUGCUAGUUUUUGUACCAGAAAAACUUCUAGUAAUAAGAAGACUCAAUUCCAACGAAGGAAUAAUUAGAAUAAGAUGUACUGCUGAAGGUGUAUUUCCUAGUCCAGUGAUAACUUUACAGUCGAAAAAAAGGGACCUGGUCGAAACUGAAAUAACUUCGAAACAGCGAGGAAAUCUCUACGACAUCUCGGUGUCAGCUACGCUGAAAGCUCUAGAAGUGCCGGAGGAGUUCUCCUGCGAGCUCAGUAUUCCCCAAGCGAACUAUACAGUCAGGAAAGAAACUGUCAUCUACCCCGGCAGUUCAGGUUCGAGAGUGAGAUACGAAAUUUGGCUUAGUCUUUCUACUUUGAUACUAGUCUUCAAGCGACCAUAUAGGCAAUAAUGAACCAGAAAAGUGCAGACAAAGCUCGGAAGGCCGAUAUAUAAAAUAUAAGCUGUGACAUGGUGAGAUUGAAACUCUCUUCAUUUGGUGCGCGUAGCCCGAAAGCACAUCAACCCAAAAAAGUUAUGGUUUCAUCCCUAGCAGAGUGAACUGCUAUCCCUGAACUCGGGACUAAAUGAUCGGCGUCCGAAAUAAAUUAUGUUCGCAAGGAUGAUUUACAUACCUUCCUUUCGAUAAAUGCACAUCAUCAGAAAUUUCCAUAUCGAAUCGAUAUUUCCCUAAAAUCAAAAGUGAACGCUGUCGUAAUUGGUUGUGACGAGAAUGAACUCUUUCAUCGACGAUAAAGGUGAUAUUUAUAUUUGUUUCUCCUGUUGGGCAAAAAAAAUCUUGAUUCUUAUGAAUGUUGAAUGUAAAUGAUUCUUUGAAAUGUUAAAUGUUAAUAUAUUGAGUUGAAUAAAAUGGAGUUUGUUUAUAA